CAGGCGCUGGCUGCUUUCACUUGCUACUCCAGGCACUCACUUCACUCACUCGCCGGGAGGGUGUCUGCCCUGCAAACCAAGAGUUCGCCCCAGGCGCCGCUCAGCCCAGCCGUCCCAGCCGCUCCACCCGGCCCCACCGAGGGUGACAUGGGCUUCCCCCCAGUCCCGGAGGCCUGCGGCCGGCGCUGGGGGCCUCUGCUCCUCGCUCUCUUCCUGGCUGCUUCCCGAGGUCUGGUGACAGCCUUCAAGGUCGCCACGCCGUAUUCCUUGUACGUGUGUCCCGAGGGCCAGAACGUCACCCUCACCUGCAAAAUCUUGGGCUUGGGCCCCGUGACCAAAGGGCACGACUUGUCCUUCUACAAGACAUGGUUCCGCAGCUCACGGGGCGAGGUACAGGCCUGUUCUGACCGUCGGCCUAUCCGCAACCUCACGUUCCAGGAUCUCCACCUGCACCACACUGGCCACCAGGCCGCCAACACCAGCCAGGACCUGGCCCAGAAACAUGGGCUAGAGUCGAUCUCCGACCACCACGGCAACUUCUCCAUCACCAUGCUCCACGUGACCCCGCUGGACGGCGGCUUCUACUGCUGCCUCGUGGUGGAGAUCAAGCACCACCACUCGGAGCAGAGGGUCUACGGAGCCAUGGAGCUGCAAGUGCAGAGCGGUGAUGAAGCACCACCCAAAUGCAUCGCGUACCCAUCCUCCCCCAGGGAGAGUGAAAACAUCACGGCUGCCGCCCUGGCUACGGGCGCCUGCAUUGUGGGCAUCCUCUGCCUCCCCCUCAUCCUGCUCCUGGUCUACAAGCAAAGGCAGGUGGUCUCCAACCGCCGUGCCCAGGAACUGGUGCGGAUGGACAGCAACGCUCAAGGAAUUGAAAACCCAGGCUUUGAGGCCUCUCCGUCCUUCCACGGGAUGCCGGAGGACAAGCCCAGGCCUCCACUGACCUACAUGGCCCAGCGGCAGCCGUCGGAGUCUGGGCGCCACCUGCUCUCUGAGCCCAGCACGCCUCUGUCUCCCCCAGGCCCCGGGGAUGUCUUCUUCCCAUCGCUAGACCCCGUUCCUGACUCCCCAAACUCUGAGGCCAUCUAGACCAGCCAGGGGCCAGUGAGCAGCUGUGGCUGGGCCCGGGGCCAGUGCAUUCGGGCCAGACUGGCCCUCGGAGUAUUCCCUUGGCCGUGGCCCUGGCUUCUUCCCUCCUGCUCUGAGCACAGACUCGUUGAGAUACCCCUGACGGCCAGGUUCUUAAUCCCUCUGGAUGCUACAAGGCAGAAGUGAGAAGGUGUGGAUCACUCAGCUCCGAUCUCAAGAAUGGCGGGGUGUGGGGAUCCCGCCGCAGAGACCUGAAAUUCACCAGCUACAGACGCCAAAUGACCUACAGCCUCAAGCCCCAGAGCUCCCGCUCUGUGGCAGCCGCUCAGGGACAUGAGCCUUGGGACUCGACAGGACAGCGGGGACAAGAUGGGCACUGAGCAGACCCCGCAGUGCCGCCCUCCCUGGAAUGAGACACCGACCAGAUGUGGAGGGAGUCUUCUCUACCCCACUGUGUUGGACCGGCUCCCCCAUCUCGUCUGAGGCUGCUCAUCUGUCAGGCUCACUCUUUGUAACCAUGGGGCUCAGAGCUAGGCCUGCCUGUCCUCAGGGCCCUGGGAGCCUCCCCAACAGCCUCCUACCAGUAACCUCCCCUAGGAGCUGUCAGCAACUGAAAGAAAUCUGGGGCUCCCACUGCCUGCACUCUGGUCUCCAGAGUUCACUGGCCAGAGGCCCCAAAACAGGAAGUACUCGUUGGGGCACGGAGGCCAUUGUGAGCCAACUGGCAUCUUGGGCAAUGGAGGCCGGGCCCAAGGUUGCUCACUACCCCAGGUGGGGGUGAGGGAGAGCCCCGGGCCUGCUGGGAAGUGAGUGGAGAGGGCUCCAUUCGCCCUGUCUUCCCCAUCGCCCUCCUCCACUGCUCAGUUUGGCCAAUAGAAAGGGUGACCGCAGACUGUACUGUCCAAACUGUGACACUUUUGAGUGAAGAGGGCAUUACUAUUAAAGAGCUCAUGGGCAACAGGUGCAAA